UCCUGUCUCUCAGCAGCACUUAAUUUGGAAUAAUACGGAACUGAAGGAUGACUAUUGUUUGAAUGAUUAUAACAUUUCAGAAGGCUGCACUCUGAAGUUAGUUCUGGCUAUGCGAGGUGGACCUAUUAACACUAGAAGAGUUCCUGUGGAAGACCCUAUCAGGGAGAUGGCUGAAUACAUGGAUCCUAGUAGAGAUGAGAUCUGGGAGAAAGGGCCAUCCAACAAACAAGUUACCUUCUUAGUAUAUCGAGAAGGCGAUCAGUUGAAUUUCUUCCGUGUGGUAGACCGGGGAGAUGGCACUUUAACACCAUUAUCUGAAUCUUUGAGUGGUGGUUCAGUUUAUAAUUUAUAUGCUGAUGAUGAUGAUGAGACAGAGGCAUCACCUUCUGGCCAACAGAUUAUCGAGAAUUCAAUUACUAUGAAUAAAAUGAAACUGCUCAAGGCAAAGAUGGAGAACAUGAAUCUCAGUAAAAAGCCUAAGAAAACUGUCAAGGUGAAACCUCGUCCUCCAAUGGCUCCUCGACCAUCUAGUGGCUCCGUGGCUGCUGCUCGUCACCGUUUUUUAAGAGUGCUCCCUCAUAUUGGACAGUCCUGCCUACCUCCUCCUGGGAAUUCAUAUCCCUCGGAGUCUUCCCAAAAUGCACUUUCAGCAUUGGCUACUUUGGCCACUGCUGGUAGAACAAUGCCAUCCGCAACUAAUGACUUUCUUAAGGAAGAUGACACUUGGCAGAGCAACUCUUGGUCUCAGUCAGUUAGUAACAUCAGGUUACCACCAAAAAUAUCUCGUGUCGAACUAGAAAAUGCAAAACUACCUACAAAUAGUAUUCUGACUGCUGUUUCAUCUCUCCCUGCAAAUUCAGAAAAAGCAUCUGAAAACGUGACCUCAGCAAGUGAGGAGGAUGCUGUUUUGUUUCCGAAUCUAACAAAUUUAGAACUAUAUGGAACAGAAGAAAAACUUCUACCUGAAACAGAUGCUUUUGCUUUGUUAACAGAAUCAAGCACCACUGAACAGCAUGGUGAGAUAUAUGACAUAGGAAAGGUGAACCCAGAACUUGAACUAUCUGAUGGAGAUGAAGAAUCUAAGGUUGUAGAGCAGCAUAGAAAACCUGUUAGCAAAGUGCUGAGCACUGCAGCAAUGGGGGCUGGUCUUCUCAGUACUCGUGAAUUAAGUCCUCGGAAAAAUCUGCUUUUGUCAUCUCUUCGGUAUUCAGCACAAGUGACACAUCAUAGUUCUCUGAAACCACAAGCACAACCCAAAUGCUUUGAGGCUGGUAACUUGAGAUCUACAGCCUCCCCAAAUGUGCUUCGAUCAUUGGAAGUCCGUAGUAUAGCAGACUCUUCUUUUUCUAGGACUACUAGAUUGCGUAGCGUGAAAGUAGAGUCACUUGGCAAAAGACCUGAUGUAAUUUCUAAAGCAGAGGCUAGGGACAUCACAGAUGUGGCUAACAAGGCAUCCAAAGAACCUGUGAGUUCUGUAAGUAAUUUAGGAUUUCUGGCUUCGCUGGCCCGAAGCACAAACAGGGAAGGUUUACAGAAUUCCUGUGGAACAGGCAGGUUUCGGACUUCUGGUAUUGCACUACCUACAAACCUGCAGCAUUUUCAGGAAGAAAGCUUUAGGAAAACUGCUCCUCCAAAUGAAGCUGCUGAAUAUAUUCUAUCUGCGCAUGGGCUUGGAAUGAAUGGAAGUAUUGCAGCUGUAGGGAAAAGAGUAGGUGAAGCAACCCAUCUUCCACCUGUGAAUGGCUCAAUUCAAGCAAAAAAGAAAAUUACAAAGCAUUGCUUUCUUUGUGGCAAGAAAACUGGAUUGGCAACCAGCUAUGAGUGCAGAUGUGGAAACAACUUCUGUGCAACACACCGCUAUGCAGAGACUCACACCUGCACCUACGACUAUAAGAGUGCGGGGCGAAGGUAUUUGCAGGAGACCAAUCCCGUCGUUAGUGCACCAAAGCUUCCCAAAAUCUAACGUGGUUGUUCUGCAUGUGGCCGUUCUGCCAUUGAAGAAUUGUAUUACACUGAGAGAAGCACUUGCUUAAACUGCAUAAUGUUGCCAUGCUCCAUAUUUAAAGAUUUGCCAAGUAACAAAAGCACAUGAGGAUGCAUCCUGUCGAAGAAUAAUGUGAACACUACUGCAGUUAAAACUUUUCUUCUUUAGUGAAUGAAAAGUUAAAGAUUAGUUUUUAAAAACUUACACUAUGAUUUAACUGUUACUGCACGUCUUGUGUCGUGUUUUAUAUUUGGAAAAGCUAUUUCACUAGACAAGUCUUUAAAAGAUGCACUUUACUAACUUUAUUUACUGUAUAACCAGACUUGAGGGGGUGUUGUAAUGAGGGUGUCAUGUAAUGUCUUCUGUACUCUUGCGUUUUUUGUUCAUUGUGUGAUAUCUUCUAAGUUAUUUCACUAGAAAGAUCCUCCUCCCUCCCCUCCCUUUCUUCAAACAGCUUAUUUUGAGAUUUUUAAGGGGGUCGUAGUGUGUUCUGCCCCUCUGUUCCAUUCAGAUUGGUAUUCAUGCACUGUGUAUCCAUUCUGAAAAUUAUAUAUCAUGUUAAUCACAUUUUCUUAAAAUAAUACUGGUUAUAUGACAACUUUGUUUUUAAAUAGAAAAUUGCCCCUUUGUUGCCAUUAAAUAUAAGGAACAACUUAUUUUAAGUUUUUUUGUAAUCCUAGAUUUUUUUAAGACUUCACAAUUUGGUUUGUUAAGAUGUUGAAUGCUGUUACUGGAAGAAAUUCUAAUAAAUAUUAA